CAGUAUGCCGCUCAGCGAGGGGUCCGUCCUCCUCUGUCACUGUCUCUUUUGCCUGUUGUAAUUCUGUCUGCCUCUGACUUGGCCUGUGUCUCUGUGUCUCUGUCUCCUCUCACUUGCUCCUAUUGCCGGAGUCUCUGUCCCUCAUCUUUUCACCUUCCUGUCUCUGCGCUAGUCUUUGCUUUUCUUGCUUUGCCCCCAACGCCCUGUCUUCCCUCUACUUCCAGGUUGCUGCCUCUUUCGGAAUCUGCGGGUUUUCCUCUGCAUUACUGGGUCUGUUGGUCUAGUCAGGAGGGCUUUGGGUCCGGUGGCUGUGGGUGGCCUGCUGCCAAAGGAGGGAGGAGCCCAUGGAGGGGCGGGAUUGACCCUCAAGCCACCUCAUAAAGACUGGGACUGCAGGAGGCUUUCUGGAGGAGUCCUGGAGGGGCUGUUUGUUACGGCAGGCAGACCCCAGGAGCUCAGCUGGGGCUCUGCAGUGUCAUGCCCUGGAGCCCCCUGGCUGCGCUGAGCUGGGCGCUGGUGCUGCGGCUGCUGGCAUUGCUGUGGCCCCCGGGGCUGGGUGAGGCGUGCAGCUGCGCGCCUGCGCACCCCCAGCAGCACGUCUGCCACUCGGCUCUAGUAAUCCGGGCAAAAAUCUCUAGUGAGAAGGUAGUACCUGCCAGUGAAGACCCUGCUGACACUCAAAAAAUGAUCCGGUAUGAAAUCAAACAGAUAAAGAUGUUUAAAGGGUUCGAAAAGGCCAAGGACGUUCAGUAUGUCUACACACCAUUUGACUCCUCUCUCUGUGGCGUGAAACUAGAAACCAACAGCCAGAAGCAGUAUCUUCUGACUGGCCAGAUUCUCAGUGAUGGAAAAGUCUUCAUCCAUCUGUGCAACUACAUUGAGCCCUGGGAGGACCUGUCCUUGGUGCAGAGGGAGAGUCUAAAUCAUCACUACCACCAGAACUGCGGCUGCCAAAUCACCACUUGCUACGCAGUGCCCUGUACCAUCUCAGCUCCCAAUGAGUGUCUCUGGACAGACUGGCUGCUGGAACGGAAGCUCUAUGGGUACCAGGCCCAACACUACGUCUGCAUGAAGCACGUUGAUGGCAUCUGCAGCUGGUACCGGGGCCACCUACACCUCCGGAAGGAGUAUGUUGACAUCAUCCAGCCGUAAUGGGGACCAGUGAACACCACAUCCAUGAAGAGUCCUGAAGCCCAAGCCAGUUCUCUGCGGUUCUCUGACCAUCACCGCCUGCCAUGUUGCUGCCAGGUGAAGGGAAGUGACAAGUGGGUGGCCUGGCCAGCAGCAUGGCAGUUGUGGAGCAUGUGACAGCUCCUGUCCACAUCUCCAGCUCCCAACUUGUCGAGGGCUGGGGAUGGUAGUUUGACUUAGCUGCCUUGCCCUCAGGUCCUCUCCCUUCUCUCUCAAACCCUGUUAGUCUAGUUGAUACCUGUUACUGAAAGUUUUUAUUCUGGCUUUGUGUUCUCCAGUCAGGAAAAUGUAUGUUCCUUUUCUUAGCUCAUACGGUAAGGGAGAAGCUGUGAGUGUCGUAAGACGGCACAGCCUUGUGGUGCACGCUAUGGAAGGGGUGACUGAAUCCUGAGUGGGCUGGUUGGCUGGAAUGAAAAGGAUACACUAAAGCCCCAUAUCCUCUACUCCCACUGGCUCAACUUAGCCUAAUCCUCUGACACAUUUUCGUCUGCUUAAAGGGCACAGUGAGAGCUGAACAGCCUACUCUUCCCCGUGCCCUGCAAGGGCCCUGAUACUGUUGUUGGCAGAAGGACUGGCCCAGCUAGAGUUCAUCUCUGGACAAGGAAAGACUUACUAUACAAGGGCAAGCAUUCUCCCUCCAGGUUAAAUAUCUCUACCGCCUUCAGUUGGUGGCCAGGGACUUUUCCGCAGCCUCCUUCAGAUUGCUUAUGUCUUUGUUCCUAUCUUAGAACUUUGAUUUUAAGCAAAAACAAAAAGAUGAAACAACAAAAGUGACCCCUGAGCAUGGUCUUCUCCUAAGACCAAAUUCUAGUAGAGGGGGAGAGGGAGAUAAUAAAAGGACCCUCUGGGAACCACACGCUAGUGCGGAACACAGCUUGCACUUGCUUCACGCUUUUUCAGUGGCUAUCCUGCUAGAUGCUAUAGCAGCAGACAGACAGACAGCUGUGAUUCUGAGAGUGUAUCUCUACCCUUCAGCUACGCCCCAUUACCUGUGUGUCUAGAUGUUAUAGCAGCAGACAGCUAGCUGUGGUUCUGAGGGUAUCUCUACCUUUCAGCUAUGUCCCGGUACCUCUGUAUCUCAGACUCUAGUUACCAGCCCCUGAAGGCCCCUCAGCCUCUGUAAGCCUUCCUUAUUUGUCAAAAUGGGGAAACACUGGCAAGAGCCUCUAAGAUUUGCUAAACUAUAGAGCUCAACAUCCCAGAACCUGUUCCUGGGAAAAGCGCUGGAUAAGAUGGCAGAGAUCAUCAGUUCUUCUGACAACUCAGAACUGUUUCUCAUUUUGAUAUAUGGUCAGGGCCAUGUGUGCAGUGCUGGAGGAAGGCUCUGGAUUUAAAUGCAAUGAUGGAGAUCCCUUUGGGAGGAGGGAGUGGGAGGGGACCAAACAAGAUCUCUGUCCCAGAACACAGCACUUGGAGGGCUCUGGCAGAGUCUCCAAGUGGGAUCAUCCAGUGAUAAUCCACACCAUCCUUGGGCAGAGGGUCUGGGGAUGGGGAGGAAGAUGAAAAGUGACCUCCAGGUUGCUCCGUGUGCAACAUCUUCAUAGCUUUCAUCCGACCAUUUUUCCUUCCCUUCUAACCUCCGGGGACGGACUCAGAGAAGACAUAGGAUUAACUCUGCUUUGUCACAGUUUGGAGGUAGCAAAGGAAAUGGAAGUCUAGUGGAGAAUAGCAGAAGCAACAGCUUCUGCCUUAGGAGGCUUCAUACCCACCAGGAGGCUUUUACUUGAGGAAUCUCUUUGAAGUCAUAUGCAUGCUGUAUGAGGUAUCCUGGUCAAAGGCAGCUAUGCCCACUUGGCAUGGUUAAGGAACUGACAUCCGGUGAGGGACUGUAACACUGCCAGAGACCCAUGGCAAAGCUAGAGCUAUACUCAAAAUUGUGAAACCUCCUGACUACUGAUUUAUAGAUUUGUUGCCGUCUCUCAUUAAAACGCCCUUUGUUUCUGCUUUCCUCUACUCGGUACCCAGAAGUGGAAAACAAAGCUGUUGGCUAGAAUCUAGCUACUUUCGCUUCUCUAAGCAGCUACCUGAGGGGUUGGGCUGAGAGGCUGAGCCCUUGACAGGCCUCCAGAGUCACCAUGUGGCUAUGAGUAGGAACAGCACAGAGUCAAAGCCCCAGUCCGCCACCUACCAUCUCUCGGUGGUUGGGAUAGUAUGUCUGCUCGAUGAGUGGGAACUUCUCCCCUCCCAGUUUCUUGAAGAUGGUUACCAUCUGGGCAAACUGCAAAAGACAAGAAAUAAUUUCACUGCAUUUUCAGUUUCUGAACCAGACAAAACAUCAAUGCAUCAAAUAAAUGCAGAGCAUUUUCUCUGUAGAAGACAUUGUGUUCAAUAAACUGACAAUACCAAGAAAGGUACAUGCAAUUUCAAGGACGUAUGCUUUAGUAGCAGAAGGCAAAGAGAAAGCUAGUAUUCACAGAGGACCUACUUAAUUUUAAUGGUUUUCCCCCAAUCUUUUCAAAUUAACAAGGCUGAGAAGAGGCAGGGAACUUCACCUGAAUCCCAGAAGUGGGGCCGGGGGAGCGGUGCACAUCUAUAAUCUCAGCACUCAGUGAGGCAGGAGGAUGAUGAGCCUGAGGCCAGCCUGGGCUACAGAGUGAGCGCCAGGCCAUUGUGCCAGGCUACAUGGUAGGAUAUUGUCUUUAGGAAAAGAAAUCAAUAACAGCUGAAAAGAAGCGAAGCUGGGAUCAAAACGUGAACUCUAACCCCAAACACAUGCUCUCCUGAGCGAUGGAGCAAGACAGAGCUGAAGUGGUAACGUGCUGAGUCUCAGAAGUUCUAGCACCAGGCAAAAAAAUAAAGGACAACCUUCCCGUGCGCUAUACAGAGCCACCAGAGUCUGCACAAGAGGUGACAUGAAUGAGGCUGUUCCUCAGGAAGACUGGAGGGAGGGUCCCAGUGGUCAAACACACUGAUCUAUCUUCACGGCUCUGCUUUGCUGGAAUUACAAGAGCUAAACUUGGUAGACCCAUUAUGUGUGGCAAAAGGAGAGAAGGCAAGGUUCAGAUACGCACAGCGCUGGGACCGGAAGGAGAGAAGGCAAGGUUCAGAUACGCACAGCACUAGGACCGGAAGGCCUCUGGUGCACGUCCAGCACCCCUUGACCUUUCAAAACCAGAGAGGCGCACGGCCCGAGGUCACGCUCUUGAGCACAGUUCUCUGCCAGAGCCUUCAUUCCCUGUCUGUUUUUCUCCUGAGUCCUGUGAGUACCUACUUAUUUUUCAGAUUCCACAGAGGCCGUGCACUUCUCGCAGGAACACAGAUCUUUCCCACCUGGUCCACAUUAACCCACAACGCCCACCCCAGUGCAUGGGCGGUAGCAUCUUCUCUCUAGUGGGAUCGGUUCAGGCUUCUAACCGCCAAUAGCUUGGUCAGCUACAAGAGGAAGUUGUUGGACUAAGCCUACCCUCCACUUGUCAGAGACAGGAAAGCUAGAGCCUUUCCCCCAAAGCUCAAGUUCCAUUCUCUGCAAGGGAUCUUAGUGUGUGAGCUCCUCCGGAAGGGUUAUCAGCAAAGUGGAGUCCCCUCGUGUCUUCCUUUUAACUCAGUAGUUGCCUUUGGACAAAAGGCCGCUUCCUCCCAGGCUCCCUCUUCAGAUGUGAGCAGAGAACUGUCGGUUCCUUCAGCUUCUCACACCGUGCAUCAGAAAGAACAUCUUUUGCUGCGUUUCCCCACACCCUCCAUCAGAGUUUGGUCCUUUCGUGGGGGAGAUUUUAUUAAAAUGCGGGGAAAUGUGGGCCUUUCUGGA